GUCUGUAUUUGUUGUGGUGAUGGCUGUUUGUUGUUAGGCUGUUGAGGGACUGGCAUAAUUAAUAUUUUUUUUCAGUGUUUAGGUGAUAUAAUAUCUCACAUUUGAUUUUUUUCUGUACAUUUAUGCUAUAGUACUGUGAUGAAAUGAGUAACGUUAGAAAUACAAAUUUAACAAACCCUUCAAAUUCAACUUCCAAAAAAAAAUCUGGAGGAUUGCCUCGUCAAGCAAAAUCUCGAAAAGAUCAUCCAACAGACGUGGAACCGGUGACAGAGGAAGAGCUAUUUCAAAAGGAACAUAUCACUCCUGAAGACGUUCUUAGAUUACCGAAAAUCACAGAGAAUUAUCUCUGCUCUCCAGAAGCCAAUGUUUAUGAUAUUGACUUCAUCAGGUUCAAAAUAAGAGAUAUGGAAACAGGGACAGUACUGUUUGAGAUAGCUAAGCCUCCUGCACCUGUGGAUGAAGAGGAAGGGGAAGAAGGAGAUUUAGAUCAAGAAGAAACUGACCCCAAUGCUGGCCGAUUUGUUCGAUAUCAAUUUACCCCACAGUUCUUGAAACUUAAAACAGUAGGAGCUACAGUUGAGUUUACUGUAGGUGACAAAGCUAUCAACAAGUUUCGAAUGAUUGAACGGCAUUUCUUCCGUGAAAAGCUAUUGAAGACGUUUGAUUUUGAAUUUGGGUUUUGUAUUCCUAACAGUAAGAAUACUUGUGAACACAUCUAUGAAUUUCCAACAUUAAGUCCUGAAUUAUGUGAAGAAAUGAUCAAGAAUCCUUUUGACACUCGUUCUGACAGUUUCUAUUUUGUGGAUGACCAGCUCAUCAUGCAUAAUAAGGCUGACUAUGCGUACAAUGGUGGUAUACAGCAGUAGGCUGCUAUGUCUUAAGAGAACUUAACCAUAAUGCACUAAAAUAUUUUUUAAUGUAUUGUGGGCUCUUUAGGAUACCCAUGCUGGCACUUCAAAUUCAGAAUUUUCUCUUCACUUUACGUAUUGGUUUCCACAUUUCAAUAGCCAAUGUGAGCAUUCUGUGGCUUUUCUUGUGCAAUGCACUAAGCAAGUGAUUGUAAAUUGUUGCUGAAAAGUACAGUACUGAGUGAAAGUUGUUAAAUUGUGAACAAAGUAGACAGUUAGUUUCACCCGCAACCAGUAAAAAAAGCAAGAUUAUAUAAAACUUUGGACUGUCCACUGUCAAACUACACCAUUACUAUUCUUAUGUUCAAGCAUGUGAUACUAGACGUCAGAAAAUGAAACACAGGUAGAAUAGGGUUUUGUGUGUAUUGAUGUUUAAUUAUUAGCAAAGUUAGUAGAUCUCUACCUUAAAUAUUAUUUGAAGUGUGCAUAUUUAUUGUUCAUUCUGUUGUUGAAGUUGAUAUUUACUUGAGAAAACUGAAUGAAUAGGUAUGUCACCGUUGCUCUGUUUCUUCGUAAUACUUCAUGCUUUAAAAAUACAUCAUUAUUAGGUGAAAAUAAUAAUUAUUAUCACUGACUUCCUGAUGAGUUAAUUCUAUGAACUGUAGGGUGAAAGUUAAAGAAUAAUAGUUCCAUAUUUGUAAUUUCAAGAAACAUUUCUGAUCAUGAUAACUUUUGUGAAACACAAAUACGUUUUAGGUAGGAUCAUUCUGGACUCAGAAUGAGGCUUCUUUAUUAGUCCAGACUACUCAAACAAAUUAUUCUUAAAAUUAAAAGAAAUUACAGUGUUUUUCUGCCACCAGUUCUUGUCGAAUAAAAAAUUAGCAUGCUUUGUGGUAGAUGUAUCUCAUUGAAAAGACAGUUUGCAAUUGAUUUUAAAAGAUGUAUGAUAAUACUUUUUGAGGAAAAAAUAGCUCACUUGUACUAAAUGUGAAAGACUGCAUAUGAAAUAUUGUGGUAACUCGUGCAUUACUGCAUAUGUAAAUAAAAAUACAUAUAAAACGUUUCUUAAGCUGAAGAUACAGUUAACAAUGGUAUGUUUGCUCAGGUAGUAGUUUUAAAUAUAGUUUGAUUGCAAAUAGAAUGUUUCUUUUAUAAAUCUUCAUUUAAACUUGUAUGUAUAAUGUUAAUUAAAACUCUAUAGCAGUGAGUGUAACUAUGACAUUUUAUUUCUAUAGCUUUUUGCAAAUGUUUCUGGUUUGUUUGCGUGUUUUAGAGCAAAAGCCAUGUCGGGCUAUCUGCUAUGUCCACCGCGGGAGAACGACCCCCGGAUUUUAGCGUCGUAAGUCUGUAAACUUAGUACUGUUCCACCAGGGGGACAUUUUAUCUGGUGACCAUGUUUUUCCUCCCACAAGUAAAAACUUUGCUGCAGCUAACAUUCAAAGGGAUAAGAAUUUGUGCAUUUCUUAAAAAAUAAAUUAAGUCGAUACAGCCACAGAUAAAGCUGAUACUUAUUUACUGGAAAGUUUGAAAGCAACAUUGUUACCCAUUUGUUUAAAAAUGGGUAGAAGUUUCCGCUCCGGGCACAAGUUCUACAGGUGUCGGUAUCAUUAUGUUAUUUAAUAUGUGUUGUUCAAGAGAAAUGUGCAAUACAUGUGGACCCAGUAAUAAUCAGGGUUACCAGCAUUUUAUAGUGACAUGAAUGUAAUGACUGAAAAAAGUGUAUUUUUUUUUUUUUUUUAUUUAACCAGAAGGUACACAAAGAGGGAAAAAUACUUUUCCCUUGUAGAAAGGUUGUGUGUAAUUUGUACAUGUAGUAUUUAUUUAUGAAUAAUAGUUUUUGUGGCAUUUUGAUUAUGCUGUAGAUUUGUUUUUACAUUUGAGAAUGAGUUUUAUAUAAUAUUGAUCUUUAUUUUUUAACAGGACUGCACAUGCACCUGGUGUCAAGUUAGUUAAACUGAUCAAAAUGUUUCAAGAAAUAUAUUAAAUACAACUGAAAGUAAUGACUAAAAACACUGAUUCUUACACAAAUGAACUGGAAAUGACUAGAGACAAAAACAGUAUAAGGAAAAAAUUAAUCUUAAUAUAAAUAUUCAAAAUGCCUACCUUGGCAGUCGAUGCAUUAUUCAAAUUACUGUGGGAUAGAAGUAUCUUUAAGAUGGUUAAUGUAUUAAAUAAAGUUGUUAAAAAAUUUUGUAUUAAUUUUUCAUGAGAAUUGACCAUUAUUGGAAUAUACUUGGUGUUUCUGUGCUGUUUUACGAGUUUAUGCUGAAGAUAAGGACAUUUGAAGGAUGAUAAUUUGAGGGCACGUUAUGCUGAUAUGUAGCUUCUUCUUAAGUCUUCAGCCUGAAGAUAUAUAUAUAUACUGAUUCUAGGCAACAAAAAGAAGUGAAAAUGAAGCUUAUUUCAACAAUUAUAUAUAUAUAUAUAGUUCUGUCUAAAAUUCUAGUUUAUAGUAGAUCACUGUUUAAUAAGUCUUGCUGUGUUUUAAAAGAAUAUAGACUGAUACAUGACACAGAUAGCCCUGGUGCUUUGUGUCAUUAAACACUCACCACCAACCAAACAACCACAGAAUAGCACUAAUUUAUAUAUGAUAGCUGUUAGUGUUAAGUGAGACUGAAAUCAGUGUUUUAUUCAUUACAUUCAUGUCAUUUGAAAACUUGUAGUCUACUUACCUUUUUAGGAAUCUAUUUGUAUACCUGUCUUUAGAACUUCUGCUCAAAUUAGUUUUCAUAUGUGCACUGUUUUCUAAGAUCAUAAAUUCGUGUUUAUUCGUGCUUUUAGAUUGAAGCUGUCAUUGCCUCCAGGCUGACAGACUUUCCCCCCCUUCCCCUUUCUCGUUGAAGUUUUUAUCUUUUAUGAUGUUUGAGAGUCAUACCACUGUUGAAUAUGUUACACUGCUUUUGUGGUAAGUGUCAUGUAAUCAUAUUGUACUGUUUAUGAUUGUUACACACAUUACUUUUGACUAGAAACUUCUCUUGAUGUUCAAACAGAUUCAGCAAAAUUUAGAAGUUACUAAGGGUAUUAAGAGUGUAGGUAUGUGACUGUUAAAUCUGAUUCUUGUGUAAUCCUUUUUUUGCUUUGGGAGGUUUUUAUUAUCUUGAGCUAUAAUGGUACUGACUGAUGGAGACUAGUAUUUAGGGAUCUAUCAAUUUAACAUAUUUAAACUUACAGUUUCAAGAAGCUUUAAGUUAUUUAGAGCAGUGGUGGGUAACUCGUGGUCUAUGGGCUGCAUGUAGCCUCCUUUGAGUCAACCCGAAUCCUCUCUACAUCCUGUUAUCGGUUAGAGAUGACAUCAGAGUAUGUCUAUGUGCAUGCAUGCUAAUAAAGCAUACAGUUAUCUUUUAAUUGUUUCUUUAUAUACUGUACUUCUUAAAGUCAUCAGAAGAAAGUAAUCACUCUUAACUCUUAAUAUGUUUUAUUUAAGCUUAUUUACAUUGAAAUGUAUCAUUGUUGGCUUAUAACUGAUAAAGGGGGGGGGGGUGUCUUAAAGGAUGUGAUCCAUGGAUUAGAUUGGGUUUCCCACCACUGAUUUAGAGCAUAGCCUUUAUCUCCAAAUAAUCUGAUCUGUUAACAUUGUUAGAAAGUUAAAAUAGUGAAGAGUUUUAAUAAAGUGUAGAAGUCCACAUUCAUGUUGUACAGAUGUAGCUAUUAGUGGAAGAUGUUAACGAAAUGCUGGAAUGUUUUCUGUAAAUUUUGAAUACACUGUAGUAGUUGUAAUAAAACAUGAUUCACUGAAACAAAAAAUAGAUAAUGGUGCUUUAAGGUUUUGAAGUUAAUUUUGUUGUGAUAUCUGGUAGAGUAGCAAGAGGACGCCAGAAGGAUAUCUCAAAAUUUCAUCGUACAAUUUUACCAGCUUAGCAAAAAAAAAGCAGCAUUCAGAGUAUAGGAAUAGAUAUACCAGUACAGUGGAAUACUGCUUUAACUGACCAUAAUUGCAUGAAGGACAUUUAGGCAUGAGUUAUCAUGACAUAGGCUAUUGUCAUGUCUGUGAAUUUCAAAUGAGAUCCACAAGAAUUUUAUUAUAUUAUUAUAGUAUACAGUGGGACUUUAUUUGCCAAUGUUGAAAAUGCUACUGGGUGACACGUUAUAUUCAGCUAUUCAUUCUCUAUUUAUUCAGACAUUUUUAUUUGCUUUCAAUGGAUAUUACACAUUUUAAUUUUAAACUUGAUGGACAUUUUGCUACAACAGAGUAAUUUUAAAUAUUUAAAAAUGUGGAAAAUAACACACUAGAGAGAGAUCUGUAAACCUGUAUGCUGGUUAUAACCACUUUGGAGCAUAAUCAGUUUGUAUCAUUGGUUCUUUUGCACCUAUUUUAGCUGUUUUUUUUAAAGAAUCAUAGGAGCAUAAAAACAAAUCAGUGAUGUUGAUUUAUUAUGAAGGCAAGUUUUACAUGUGUGUGCAGGCUAAAUAUGCCAUGUCAGAACUUUUGUAAUGUAUUAUUUAUGUUUUUUGGGGGAUGUCAUAACACAGUUGAUGAGUUUACAAAAUUUACUUUCGUGUAAAACUGUUUUCUCAAACUGUAUUUGUUAAUGAUUUUGUAAAAAAAAAAAAUAAUAUCCACCAUCAUUCUCUUCUUCUUUUAGUGUAUAAAAUUUCAAAAGAAAUUAUACUGCUUAGAAGGGAAGAUUUGCUGUUGUGUAUGUAUUCUUACAAGACUUCUAAAUUGAGAAUGGGGUAGAUUUCAGUACAGUGAAGUUUAGAAGAUGUUAUGUAGACAGAACUUUAUAAAUAAGUAGAAGUACAUUGUAAUGACUUCUCCCGAGCACUUUAGAACGAAAAUAGUUAGAUGCUGUCUGAUAUGUUGAGGUAAUAUCUUCAUUUGUCUGCUGCUUUCAGCUGAGGUGAAUUUUUUAAAGGGGGGGGGUCCCAGUAAAAACACCAAAAAAAAAUGUAUAUUGAGGUAACCAAACAGUUGAAGGAGUGGUUGCUUACCUAAAGAGCAAAUUGCAAGAAUAUUAUAAAACUUAAAAAGGACAGCCUUUGGUUUUUAGUUGCAUUUAAUAGCAUACUGCUUCUAACUCCUUGUGUUAAAAAAAAUAAAAAAAUAUGGCAAUAAAAAGUGAAAUAAAAGCAGCAGUAUCUUAGCAUAAAUCUGUCAUUACAAUUCAUUUCGGUCAUUUAGAACGAGGAAGAAGCCCCCCUCUGAAUAAUGGAAUUCAAAGAACUGUAACUUAUAAGCACUUGUACCUUUCAUUUUGUCUGAACUAUUCAAAUUGUGUGUACUGAAAAUGAAAGUCUGAAACUGAAUAUACAUAUUUGUAAUGGUGGUAUAUAUUUUCGUUAUUAUCGACCCUCAUCGGGAAGGAGAUCUUUUUAAUUUUUGUAAUAAUAUAGAUUUAAAAAAAAGAAGUGAAAUUUGAAUGAUGAAUGAUCUAAUAUGGCUUGGCUGAUACAGCUAACAUUUAUAUAUUGGAUUUUUUUUUUUCACGAUAUCUUGUGACAAGACUAAAGGACUGUAAGAAAAAUAUUGAGCAGAUCUGUCAGUUGAGUAUUGUGUGUAACCAUCUGUGAAAGAUAAUAGAUUUGGAACAUUAUAUAAAAGCUAGGUGCAGCUUUUUUUCUUUUUGUUCAGUGUAAUAAGAAUAUUGGAAAUAAAAACAUAACAUCUGCUGGA